AUGAAUUCUUAUUUCGCAAAUCCGUCGCUCUCAUGCCAUUUAUCCGGUGGUCAAGAGGUUUUACCUAAUGUGCCUCUAAACUCCACCACCUAUGACACGGUCAGACAUUUCUCGUCUUACGGCGCGGCAGUGUCUCAAAAUCGGAUCUAUGCACCUUUCUACUCUCCACAAGACAACGUUGUGUUUGGCUCUGGCCGGGCACAGUAUGAGUAUGGAUCAAAUAUGUUUCUUCAAGACAAGGACGUGCUCCCCAGCUGCAGACAGACAAACAUGGGACUUAAUUCACAAAGCCACAUUGCUCAAGAGUACAGUCUGGAUCAAGGAAGAGCAGGAGCCCAGGAUCAGAAGAGCAACAUCCCGAUCUACCCGUGGAUGCAGCGAAUGAACUCACACAGUGGAGUAGGUUACGGGACAGACAGACGCAGAGGACGUCAGAUAUACUCUCGUUAUCAAACGCUUGAGUUGGAGAAGGAGUUUCAUUUCAACCGCUACUUGACAAGGCGCAGACGUAUCGAAAUAGCAAAUGCGCUUUGUCUAACGGAGCGCCAAAUCAAAAUUUGGUUUCAGAACCGGCGUAUGAAGUGGAAGAAGGAGAGCAACCUGACUUCCACAGUGACUGGAAGUGAACAGACUGGCGGUUCCCAGGAGGGGGAACGCAUUGAGGCAACAGAGGAAGAGAAGGACGACAAGAAGAAGGAAUAGUUAAGGGAUUUACUGAAUCAGAUAACCGAACAAAACCCAACAACUACCUAAACUACCUAGAUGAACAUGGGAGCGGCUUCACUGCAUGUUGGCUGUCCCGCCGCACUUAUAUCUUGACCACGGAGUAUUGAGUCUCAGAAUUUAUUUUAGCCCCAAAAAGGGCACAUUGGACCGCAGUGUUUUUGUCACUGCAAGCUACACUUCAUGAUAUUGUGCAAAUAUCAAAUGAGUAUUAAUUUCCUACGUUAUUUCCAAGUAUAUUUAUCCCCCCACAACCUAUUCAUCACUGUGAAUCCUUUGAUCACCCCACACAAAAAACUUAAAGAAUUGUACAUCCACAUUCCAUUUAGUUCAGAGAAUGAUGAAGCAGUUUAAUGUGUUCCAUUUCGAGUCCACAUUUGAACCAGACCAACUCGCUGUAUAUAACCAAAAUAAACAAGUGCACUGCAGUGACUAUUACUUCAUUGUAUUUAGUUGCUUUAAUAGUGGCCCCAGGCUUAAAAGAAACAAAUAAUAAUGAACAGCGCUUUGUCCUUCGGGACAUAAUCCAAUAAUAUAGAUAUUCCUGUCACCUAGAUUUGUACACCUGUAAU